GGGUUUGAGACUUUGUACAUUGUGGAUGUUCGUUCAGCUGUACACUACAAUUUUAUUUUAUUCAAAUAAGCGCAUUACGCGGAGUUAAAAAUAAUAUAAAAGCAGUAAUGAGCUUAAGCAGUGCACCAGACCGUCAGAAACAACACCAAAAGCAGAAUGGAAAAUGGAAUAAUCAUGUCGGGGAACCAUCAAAUUGUCAAUCGACAAUUUCAUAUUUUGUUAAAUUAGCGCCUGAGAGUCCACUUCGAAAGAGUUAUGAUCUUUUACCAGAUGAAAGUUCAUACGACUCUUUUCAUAAUUACGAAACCGACAUUUGUAAAGACAGCAGCGAUGACGACUUCUCCGAUGCGAACUCGUCGCACACCGAGGGAUUUGCUGUUAUGGAUGUGAUAGAGUACGAACUGCCGGACGAUAGUGAGAGUGACGAUGUGUCAAGUGCAUCAAGUGGCUCCGAUGACUUUGUACUUAAGGCGGCUACGGCAGCGUGUUUCCAGUUUAAGGAGUUGAUAAACGAACCAAUGACUGACGAAAAUGACGAUGAGUUUAUUUUCGCAGACACCGAAGAAGAUUCCGAAGGUUCAAUCGACCUUGAGCUGGGGCCAGCUGAUUACUGGAAGUGUGUGAAGUGCAACAACAGACAGAACACGCCGCUUUAUCGGUAUUGCGAGAGAUGCUAUCAGGUACGUAAAAGUUUGUUUCCACCACGUCCUCGACGUCAAAAGUCUCGUGCAGAACACAGUCUGAAACGUAAAAUGACUCAACAGAGUCAGAACUAUUCGACAACUGAUGUUGAGAGUGAUUCAGAUUCGCAGAUUCCAGUCGUGAAGAAAAUUGCGCUUUCACCUCGUGCUGAGUGUCUGCCGACAAACACAUCAAGUCUGGGAAUGAAAAAUGGUAAUCAAUUGAAUAAUAUGAAAGAUAAGCUUAACAGUGAAAAUAGUAAACAUGCUAAUAGUGCGGGAGAGUUAAGUUGUAAUAAUAAUACAAGUUCAGAUGAUAAUGAAACUGUUUCUUCAGAUCAGGAUCAUGUGAAUAAAAAUAAUGUUAAUAUUAAUAUUAAUCGCGAUGUCGUUCGUAAAGCUAACAUUACACCGUCUACAUCUGUUGAAAUUGCCAAAGUAGACCAAACUGUCGUCGAUUGCACAAACUAUUCAAGUACAACUUUGGCUAAGCGUUCGCCUAGUCUUGUUAAUAAUGUUGAUAAUUUAGAAUUUAAAGUAGAGAAUAAGUUAAUUCAGAAUGUUUAUCGACAAGAAUUAUUGUCACAUAAGCGACCCAACACAUUAGAAUGGAAGGAUUCUGGUUUAAGUUCUUGUCAAGAAUCAAGCCAAGAAUUUCCUUUUUCACAAUCUGAAGAUGGAUUUUUGGUUCGAUCGUCAUCUUCAGGAUCGACACGAAGCUUUGAUUCACAAAAUGAAUUUCAAUUGAGUCAAGCAUCGACACAAGUCCAACAAGACUCUGAUGACGAGACAGCAACUGAAUUGAUUUUAGCACGAGUUGAAGAAUUUAUUCAAGAGCGUCGUGAAAAUAAUAUGAAAAAACGUGCGGAACCGACACCGUCGUCUUCAUCGGGAUUAUUAUUGCCAUCUUCUGAGUCGCUUAUAGAAGGAUCAUUAGAUGUUAAUGAAAGUCAACUUGGCUUGUGUAGAUUUUGUAUGGUGAAUCCGAAGAAUGGCGCUUUUGAACAUAAAAAGAAUAUUCAUUUAUGCUGUUGCUACAAAUGUGCGUUGAAAGUAUGGAAAAGUAGAGGAAGUUGCCCGAUUUGUAAUGGAAAAAUGACACUCAAUGGCGACUUCUUAGUCUGCCCGUUUGUCAUACAUUUAACAUUCUAUGAAAUUUUAGGAAAAUAUUCAAUUUAUAGUGAAGGAGCAUCCGUUGAAUUAAGCUCUUAUCGAGACCAGCACUUUAAAGGAACACGAUAUGAGCAGGAAAAACUACUAAUACAAUCAGCAACACUCUACAUCGGAAAUCUUGCAUUUUAUACCACAGAAGAACAAAUUUACGAGCUUUUUUCACGAUGUGGAGACAUACGAAGGAUUGUAAUGGGUUUGGAUAAAUUUAAAAAGACUCCUUGCGGAUUUUGUUUUGUGGAAUAUUACCUUCGCCAAGAUGCAGAAGCAGCAAUGCGAUACAUAAAUGGAACAAGAUUAGAUGAUCGCAUAGUACGAGUUGACUGGGAUGCCGGCUUUAUUGAAGGCCGUCAAUAUGGAAGAGGAAAAUCCGGCGGGCAAGUCAGAGAUGAAUAUCGUCAAGAUUUUGAUGGAGGACGUGGAGGCUAUGGAAAAAUUAUUCAUCAACCUAAAGUUGAUAAAUCUGUUAAGAACAUCCAGAAGAUCACCCAAUCAAUGAAGAUGGUGUCUGCUGCUAAAUACAGCCGUGCUGAACGUGAAUUAAAACAGUGUCGUCCUUAUGGUGAAGGCAGCAAACAAUUCUAUGAGAAAGCUGAGGUUGCACCACCAGCAGAAUCGAAGAAACUGUACAUCGCCAUCACAUCAGACAGAGGUUUGUGCGGUGCUUGUCACACUGGUGUUGCCCGUAACAUUCGUGGUGAUCUUCAAGCUGAUCCUAACAUUAAAGUUAUCUGCGUUGGAGACAAAAGUCGAGCAGUUUUGCAACGUUUAUACGGCAAAAACAUCAUUUUGGUUGCAAGUGAAGUCGGUCGAUUGCCACCACAAUUUUUGGAUGCUGCUAAAUUAGCCAACGAAAUCAUGAACUGCGGAUAUGAAUUUAGCGACGGUAAAAUUAUUUACAACAAAUUCAAGUCGGUGGUGUCGUAUGGCGUUUCUGACAUCCCACUCUUCAGCUUAAAGACAGUUGAAAGUGCUGCUAAGCUUCCAGUUUACGAUUCCUUGGAUUCUGACGUUAUUCAAUGCUAUUUGGAAUUCUCAAUGGCUUCAUUGUUGUUCUACACGAUGAAAGAAGGCGCUUGCUCUGAACAAUCUUCAAGAAUGACUGCUAUGGACAACGCUUCAAAGAACGCUGGCGAGAUGAUUGACAAACUCACAUUGACAUUCAACAGAACACGUCAAGCUGUCAUUACCAGAGAAUUGAUUGAAAUUAUCUCUGGUGCUGCUGCUUUGGAGUAAUUCCUCGCUUUGCGAAUAUUGUAGAAAGUUUUUUUCGUCAAAGUUCCAAGAAAAAAAAAAUAUUAAAAAAAAAUUGUCGAGAAGGGUAAAAAUUAAAACAUUUUUCAUUUCCACAAAACCAACAACAAGUCAAAUGAAGUUUCACCUACAAAACCUUUAGUUAAUUGUCACUGGUACUUUGUAAGCUGAUCAUAAUCUUGACAACAAUUUAUUUUCUUUAUCUCGAUUCCUCCCACAAUUAAUUUUCCAUCAAAAUGUAGAGUUAUAGGAAAAAGAAUGUCGAAAGAUUAAGAGCAACUAAUAAAGUUAAACAUCCAAGAUGGAUUUAAACUUAAAAAGAAUUUUUUUAAUAUGAAGAAAAUUUCUGUAAUUAAGAAAAGAAAAAACUCAAA